GGCGGCGCGGAGCCGCGGCAGGUGUUCCGCGUGCUCGAGGAGCAGCCGGCCGGCACGUGGGUGGGCACCGUGGCCACGCGCGCCGGCUUCACGUACCGCCUGAGCGAGCGGCACGCGCUCUUCGCCAUCAACGGCACCUCGGGCGCCCUGCACACGCGCGCCGCCAUCGACCGCGAGAGCCUCGCCAGCGACGUCGUGGACCUCGUCGUGCUCUCCAGCAAGCCCACGUACCCCAGCGAGGUGCGUGUGCUCGUGCUCGACCUCAACGACAACGCGCCCGUCUUCCCCGACCCCUCCAUCGUGGUCACGUUCAAGGAGGACACGGGCAGCGGGCGCCAGCUCAUCCUCGACACGGCCACCGACGCCGACAGCGGCACCAACGGCGUGGACCACAGCUCCUACCGCAUCGUGGCCGGCAACGAGGAGGGCCGCUUCCGCCUCAACAUCACGCUCAACCCCAGCGGCGAGGGAGCCUUCCUGCACCUGGUGUCCCGCGGYGGCCUGGACCGCGAGGCCACCGCCGCCUACCAGCUCCUGGUGCAGGUGGAGGAUAAGGGGGAGCCGCGGCGGCGGGGCUACCUGCAGGUCAACGUCACCGUGCAGGACAUCAACGACAACCCGCCCGUGUUCAGCCAGACGCUCUACCAGGCRCGCGUGCCCGAGGAUGCGCCCGUGGGCGCCAGCGUGCUCCAGGUGACGGCCACGGACGCUGACGAGGGCACCAACGCCGACAUCCGCUACCGCCUGGAGGGAGGCGACGGCGGCGGCGGGGAGGGCGCUGCGAGCCUCCCAUUCGAGGUGGACCCCGAGAGCGGCGUGAUCCGCAUCCGGGAGCCGCUGGACUACGAGGCGCGGCAGCAGUACUCGCUCACGGUGCAGGCCACGGACCGCGGCGUGCCGGCGCUGAGCGGCCGCGCCGAGGCCGUCAUCCGCCUGCUCGACGUCAACGACAACGAGCCCCGCGUCAAGUUCCGCUACUUCCCUGCCACCUCGCGCUUCGCCUCCGUGGACGAGAACGCGGCGCCCGGUACCGUGGUGGCCUUGCUGACAGUGAGCGACGCCGACUCCCCCGCAGCCAACGGCAACAUCUCCGUGUCCAUCCUGGCGGGCAACGAGCAGCGGCACUUCGAGGUGCACAGCAGUAAGGUACCCAACCUGAGCCUCAUAAAGGUAGCAGCCGCGUUGGACCGGGAGCGCAUCCCCGCCUACAACCUGACCGUGGCGGUGGCCGACAACUAYGGGGCGCCGCCACCACCCGCGGGCUCCCCCACAUCUCCCCUUGCCCCCGAGGGGGCAGCGGCAGCUCCUGUGAGCCGCUCCUCGGUGGCCAGCCUGGUGAUUUUUGUGAAUGACAUUAAYGACCACCCGCCGGUCUUCGGGCAGUCCGUGUACAGGGUGAACAUCAGYGAGGAGGUGCCCCUGGGCAGCUACGUGCGGGGCCUGAGCGCUACGGACCGCGACUCCGGCCUCAACGCCAACCUGAAAUACAGCAUCGUUUCGGGCAACGAGCUGGGCUGGUUCCGCAUCAGCGAGCACAGCGGGCUGGUGACGACGGCCGGCGGMGAGGGCAGCGCCGCGGCGGGGGCCUCCUUGGCCCGCGCGCUGGACCGCGAGACGGCCUCCGAGGUGGUGCUCAACAUCAGCGCCCGUGACCAGGGAGUGCAGCCCAAGGUCUCCUAUGCUCAGCUCGUGGUCACCAUCCUGGACAUCAACGAUAACAAACCUUCUUUUAGCCAACCGGAUGGCUACCACAUAUCCCUGUCUGAAAACUCUCCCUUGGGAACAGAGUUGCUUAUCCUGAGUGCUACCGAUGGGGAUCUGGGGGAYAACGGGACUGUUCGCUUCUCCCUGCAGGAAGCCGAGCCAGCGGUGGCCGCGAGCGGCUCUUCCAUGGUGGCUCCUCGACGGGUCUUUCGCUUGGAUCCUGUGACAGGCAAGCUCAGCACUGUCUCGCAGCUGGACAGGGAGGAGCAGGCUCAUUUCUCCCUGCAGAUCCUGGCCACUGAUCUAGGUUCUCCUCCUCUUUCUUCAGUAGCUCGGGUUAAUGUGACUCUGCUGGACGUGAAUGACAAUAGCCCCGUGUUUUACCCAGUUCAGUAUUUUGCCCACAUCCAGGAAAACGAGCCAGCUGGAACUUAUGUGRCCACAGUGUCUGCCACUGACCCUGACUUGGGACCCAACGGGACAGUCAAGUACAGCAUCUCGGCUGGAGACACCUCCAGGUUUCAGGUCCAUGGCCAGACAGGGGUCAUCACAACAAAAAUUGCCCUCGACAGAGAGGAGAAAACUGCUUACCAGUUGCAGGUAGUGGCCACUGAUGGCGGCCAUCUCCAGUCACAGAACCAAGCUAUUGUCACCAUCACUGUCCUGGACACACAGGACAACCCGCCUGUUUUCAGCCAGGGCAUGUACAGUUUUGUUGUCUUUGAAAAUGUUGCCGUCGGUUAUCACGUGGGUACUGUUUUUGCUUCCACCAUGGACCUCAACACCAACAUCAGUUACCUUAUCACAAGAGGUGACCAAAGGGGCAUGUUUGCCAUCAACAGAGCGACCGGCCAGAUCACUACUGCUAGUAUUCUUGAUAGGGAAGAGCAAGCAUUUUACCAGCUGAAAGUGGUGGCUAGUGGUGGAGCAAUAACUGGAGACACUGUGGUCAAUAUAACUGUCAAAGACUUAAAUGACAACUCCCCCCACUUCGUUCAUUCGGUGGAGAGUGUAAACGUGGUUGAAAACUGGAAAGCUGGGCACACCAUUUUCCAGGCCAAAGCUCUUGAUCCUGAUGAAGGUGUUAAUGGAGUGGUCCUUUACAGCCUUAAGCAAAACCCAAAGGGCUUGUUCUCAGUCAAUGAGAAAACAGGUGCCAUAAGCUUAACAGGGCCACUUGACAUAAAYGCUGGGUCUUACCAGGUAGAGAUUCUGGCCUCUGAUAUGGGAGUUCCACAGUUGUCCUCCAACUUCAUCUUGACUGUGUCUGUUCACGAUGUAAAUGAUAAUCCACCUGUGUUUGACCAGCUUUCCUAUGAAGUGACUAUUUUGGAGUCAGAGGCUGUGAAUUCCCGGUUCUUUAAAGUACAGGCUUCUGACAAAGAUUCGGGUGUAAAUGGGGAAAUAGCAUACAGUAUAAUUGAAGGAAAUACUGGGGAUGCCUUUGGCAUAUUCCCAGAUGGUCAGCUGUAUAUAAAGAGUGAACUGGACCGUGAGCUUCAAGAAAGAUAUGUUUUGCUGGUUGUUGCUUCUGACAGAGCAGUAGAACCUCUCAAUGCUACUGUGAAUGUUACUGUAAUUCUGGAGGAUGUAAAUGAUAAUAGGCCACUGUUUAACAGCACCAACUAUGUAUUUUAUUUUGAAGAGGAGCAGAGAGGUGGAUCGUAUGUAGGUAAAAUAAAUGCUGUAGAUAAAGACUUUGGGCUGAACGGUGAAGUCAGGUAUUCAUUUGAGCAUAUGCAACCAGAUUUUGAGCUGAACACAAUAACUGGUGAAAUAACAAGCACUCACCAAUUUGACAGGGAAGCUCUUAUGAGACAACGAGGAGCUGCCGUGUUUAGUCUUACGGUGAUAGCAACAGAUCAAGGGUUGCCAAAGCCUCUAAAGGAUCAGGCAACUGUGCAGAUCUAUAUGAAAGAUAUCAAUGAUAACGCCCCCAAAUUUCUAAAAGAUCUCUACCAAGCUACUAUAUCAGAACUGGCAGCAAAUCUGACGCAGGUCCUGAGAGUUUCUGCCUCCGAUGUUGAUGAAGGGGAUAAUGGGUUGAUUCACUAUUCUGUAAUCAAGGGAAAUGAAGAAAAGCAGUUCACAAUAGAUAGUAGCACAGGCCAGGUGACAUUGAUAGGCAAACUGGAUCAUGAAGCUACUGCAUCUUAUUCGCUUGUCAUCCAAGCGGUAGACUCUGGAGCAGUUCCCCUAAGCUCUACUUGCACCCUGAGCAUUGAUGUUUUAGAUGAGAAUGACAACAGUCCUUCCUUCCCUAAAGCCACUUUGUUAGUGGAUGUCUUGGAAAAUAUGAGAGUUGGUGAACUUGUGUCCUCUGUGACUGCCACUGAUUCGGAUUCGGGUGACAAUGCUGACCUCCAUUAUAGUAUUACUGGGACAAACAACCAUGGCACCUUUAGCAUCAGUCCCAACACUGGUAGUAUUUUUCUUGCAAAGAAGUUGGACUUUGAGACGCAGUCUUUAUAUAAGCUAAACAUAACUGCGAAAGACCAGGGAAGGCCACCACGGUCAUCUACAAUGUCAGUAGUAAUACAUGUUAGAGAUUUUAAUGACAAUCCUCCUAAUUUUCCUCCGGGGGACAUUUUUAAAUCUAUUGUUGAGAACAUUCCUGUUGGUAGUUCUGUCAUUUCCGUAACUGCUCACGAUCCAGAUGCAGAUAUUAAUGGGCAGUUGACGUAUGCCAUCAUUCAACAGAUGCCAAGAGGUAACCAUUUCCGUAUAGAUGGAGUCAGAGGGACAAUAUUUACCAAUGCUGAAAUAGAUCGCGAGUUUGCUAAUCUCUUUGAAUUAACAGUCAAAGCCACUGAUCAGGCUGUUCCUGUGGAAUCCAGGCGAUUUGCUAUGAAGAACGUGACCAUUUUGGUGACGGAUCAAAAUGACAAUGUUCCKGUGUUUGUAUCGCAAAACGCUCUUGCUGCCGACCCUUCAGUUGUCAUCGGUUCGAUCCUAACUACAAUCAUUGCCGCAGAUCCUGACGAGGGCGCCAACGGGGAAGUGGAAUAUGAAAUAAUCAAUGGAGAUACAGAGACCUUCAUUGUGGAUCGUUACAGUGGAGAUCUAAGAGUAGCAUCAGCUUUGGUGCCUUCGCAGCUCAUCUACAAUCUCAUAGUUUCUGCUACGGAUCUUGGCCCCGAACGAAGAAAAUCUACCACUGAGAUGACUAUAAUUCUGCAGGGCGUUGACGGGCCCAUCUUCACUCAGCCAAAAUACAUAACUAUCUUAAAGGAAGGUGAGCCUAUCGGGACAAACGUCAUAUCCAUAGAAGCAGCCAGCCCACGGGGUUCGGAGGCCCAGGUGGAAUAUUACAUAGUGUCUGUCCGCUGUGAAGAUAAAAGUCUGGGACGCCUCUUUACCAUUGGGCGCCACAACGGCGUGAUACAGACUGCUGCCAUUCUGGACAGGGAGCAGGGCGCGCGUCUCUACCUGGUGGAUGUGUAUGCCAUUGAAAAAUCGUCUGCCUUGCCCCGCACGCAGCGAGCUGAGGUGGAAAUAACGCUUCAAGAUAUCAAUGACAACCCACCAGUAUUCCCCACAGAUAUGCUUGAUCUGACCGUGGAAGAGAAUAUAGKAGAUGGAUCUAAAAUAAUGCAGCUGACAGCCAUGGAUGCUGAUGAGGGAGCCAAUGCCCUUGUCACGUACACUAUUAUCAGCGGUGCGGAUGACAGCUUCCACAUCGACCCCGAGUCGGGAGACCUGAUAGCCACCAAGCGCCUGGACCGGGAGCGCCGCUCCAAGUACUCCCUGCUGGUGCGCGCCGACGACGGCCUGCAGUCCUCCGACAUGAGAAUUAACAUCACUGUCAGUGACGUUAACGACCACAUCCCCAGAUUCUCCAAACCAGUGUAUUCCUUUGACGUUCCCGAAGAUGCCACUCCAGGUUCUUUAGUGGCAGCCAUAUUAGCUACUGAUGAUGACUCCGGUAUAAAUGGAGAAAUCACGUACACGGUCAGUGAAGAUGACGAAGAUGGCAUGUUCUUCCUGAAUCCCGUGACUGGAGUCUUCAACCUGACUCGCGUGCUGGACUACGAAGCGCAACAGUAUUACAUACUAACGGCCCGUGCAGAAGAUGGGGGAGGCCAGUUCACCACCAUCCGAGUGUACUUCAACAUAUUAGACGUAAAUGACAACGCGCCAGUGUUCAGCAUGACCUCGUACAGCACCUCCCUGAUGGAGAACCUACCUCCAGGUUCUGCUAUUCUCAACUUCAGCGUUAGUGAUGCGGAUGAUGGCUCCAACUCACAGCUCUCCUUCAGCAUUGCCUCUGGGGACAGCUUGGGACAGUUCCACAUUGACAAGAAUGGAGUGCUGAGCAUCAAGCAGCCUUUGGAUCGGGAAAGUCAGUCUUUCUAUAGCCUCGUCGUUCAAGUGCAUGACAUGGCUGCUCCCCCGGCGUCCCGAUACACGAGCACAGCUCAAGUUUCCAUCAUUCUGCUGGACGUCAAUGACAGCCCUCCGAGUUUCAUCUCUCCAAAGCUCACCUACAUUCCAGAAAACACACCAAUAGACACAAUCGUAUUCAAAGCCCAGGCAACGGAUCCGGACAGCGGUCCAAACAGCUACAUUGAGUACAGCCUGCUCAGGCCUUCGGGAAACAAAUUUAGCAUAGGCACUAUCGAUGGUGAAGUAAGACUUAUUGGGGAACUAGACCGAGAAGUGGUCUCUAACUAUACGUUGACUGUGGUAGCUACAGACAAGGGCCAGCCAUCGCUUUCUUCAUCAACAGAUGUUGUCGUUAUAGUCCUUGACAUUAACGAUAACAAUCCCCUUUUUGCCCAAAAGCUUUAUAAAGUAGAAGUUGGGGAAAAUACUUUAACGGGGACAGAUUUAAUCCAGGUGUUUGCUGCAGAUGGUGAUGAGGGUACGAAUGGGCAGGUCCGCUAUGCCAUCGUCAGCGGAGAUUCCAAUAGUGAGUUUCGGAUCGAUUCCGUUACGGGGGUGAUAACAGUUGCUAAGCCUUUGGACAGAGAAAAGCAGCCCUCCUAUGCACUGACUGUUCAGUCGUCUGAUCGUGGAAGCAGCCCAAGAACUGAUACUACUACAGUAAAUAUUAUUCUGAAGGAUGUUAAUGAUUAUAUUCCGACGUUUGAACUUUCCCCCUACUCUGUAAAUGUCCCUGAGAACUUAGAGGUACUUCCAAAAGUCAUUCUUCAGGUUGUAGCAAGGGACGAUGAUCAAGGCCCAAACAGCAAGCUCACUUAUGUUCUCACGGGUGGAAACGAAGAAGGAGCCUUCACUCUCUCCGCCAGUGGAGAGCUCCGCUUGGUGCAGAGCCUGGACCGUGAAACCAAGGAGCAGUAUGUUUUGCUCAUCACAGCUGCUGAUUCAGGAUCUCCUGCCCUCACUGGCACUGGAACGAUUGCUGUCACAGUGGAUGAUGUCAACGACAAUGUCCCCACAUUCGCCUUUAAUGUGUAUUCUGCCACGAUUCUGGAGGAUGCCCCUACAGGGACAGAUAUUUUGCUAGUAAACUCCUCAGAUGCUGAUGCUUCUACAAACGCUGUUAUUAGCUACCGACUUAUUGGUGGCAAUUCGCAGUUCACAAUCAACCCCUCGACGGGCCAAAUCAUUACCAGCGCUUUGCUGGACAGAGAGACCAAGGAGAACUACACUUUGGUGGUCGUAGCAAGUGAUGGUGGCUUCCCAGCUGCCCUCUCCAGUUCAACCAGCGUGCUCGUCACUGUCACCGAUGUCAAUGACAACCCACCCAAAUUUCAGCACCAUCCCUAUGUCACCCACGUCCCCUCACCUACCUCUCCAGGUUCAUUUGUGUUUGCAGUGACUGUCACUGAUGCGGAUUCUGGCUCCAAUGCUGAGCUCCAUUAUUCCCUCGUGGGAAAAAAUUCUGAAAAAUUCCACAUUGAUCCAGCGAGAGGAGCGAUUAUGGCUACUAACGCCCUGACAGAAGAGUCUGAAGUUACGUUUUCUGUUCAUGUGAAAGAUGGUGGCCUGUACCCGAAGACAGAUGCCACAACAGUAACUGUGAGAUUUGUAAACAAAGCAGAAUUUCCCCAAGUUCGAGCUGAGCAGGAGACUUUUGCAUUUCCCGAAAACCAAGCAGUCGGUACACUUGUCACUACCAUUUCUGGGUCUUCAGCCAGAGGAGGUUCCUUGUCUUACUACAUUGCAAGUGGUAACCUGGGCGACACAUUCCAGGUCGAUCAAGUAACAGGACAACUUUCCAUCAGUCAGUCUUUGGAUUUUGAAGCAAUACAGAAAUACGUGGUUUGGAUUGAGGCCAGAGAUACGGGCUUUCCUCCCUUCUCCUCAUACAAGAAAUUGGAAAUAACAGUGGUAGAUGUCAAUGAUAAUGCACCAGAGUUUGAGCAAGACCCCUUCAUUGCUGAAAUAGUGGAGAACUUGUCACCAAGGAAGAUCCUGACAGUUGCUGCUGUGGACAGAGACAGUGGUCCAAAUGGACAGUUAAAUUAUGAAAUAGUUGAUGGCAAUACAGAAAAUAGUUUCAGCAUUAGUCGAGCCACUGGCGAAAUCAGAAGUAUCAGACCUUUGGAUAGGGAGAAAUUGUCACAAUACACGCUGACUAUAAAAGCUUCAGAUAAGGGCACCCCACUCCAGAGCACUACCGUCAAAGUUGUCAUUAACAUUUUAGAUGAAAAUGACAAUGCUCCUAGGUUUUCUCAAAUCUUCAGUGCUUCUGUGCCUGAAAAUGCACCUCUGGGUUUUACGGUAACACGAGUCACAACUUCGGAUGAAGACGUUGGUGUGAAUGCUGUCAGCAGGUACUCCAUACGGGAUACAAGCCUCCCCUUUUCCAUAAAUCCRAGCACUGGGGAUAUUACAAUAAGCAGACCUCUGAACAGGGAAGAUACAGACCGCUACAGGAUCCGAGUCUCUGCACAUGACUCCGGAUGGACAGUAAGCACAGAUGUGACCAUAUUUGUUGUGGAUGUCAAUGACAAUGCCCCRCGAUUUACAAAGCCAUCGUAUUACUUGGAGUGUCCUGAGCUUCCUGGGAUUGGAUUGAAGGUCACCCAGGUUUCAGCCACUGAUCCCGAUGAAGGAUCUAAUGGUCAAGUCUUCUACUUCAUAAAAUCCCAGUCUGAGUUCUUCCGAAUUAAUGCAACCACAGGGGAAAUUUUCAACAAGCAGCAUUUAAGGUAUCAAAACUCCAGUGGUUCAAGCAAUGUCAACAUUAACAGGCACAGCUUCAUAGUCACUUCUUCUGACCGAGGCAGUCCUCCUCUGCUGAGUGAGACAACUGUCACGAUUAACAUAGUAGACAGCAAUGACAAUGCACCGCUCUUCCUUGCUGGGAAAUAUUUUACUCCUGUUACUAAGAAUGUGAGAGUUGGUACAAACUUAAUUAAAGUUACUGCAGUUGAUGACAAAGACUUUGGCKUGAAUUCUGAGGUGGAAUACAUUAUUUCCAAUGAAAGCAAUGCUAAUAAAUUCCGACUGGACAGGAGUACAGGCUGGAUUUCUGUGUCAUCCUCACUAAUGGCUGAUUUAAACAAAAAUUUUGUGUUUAAGGUAAAAGCAAAGGAUAAAGGCAAUCCUCCACUGUCAUCAGAGGUAGCUGUGGAAAUAGUCGUAACUGAGGAAAAUUACCAUACACCUGAGUUCUCCCAAAGCCGUAUGAGUGUUACUAUCCCGGAGAGUCAUUCUGUUGGAACAGUGGUCAGGACCGUCUCAGCCCGAGACAGAGAUGCUGCUAUGAAUGGAUUAAUCAGAUACAACAUUUCCUCUGGAAAUGAGGCUGGCAUCUUUGCAAUUAACACUUCUACUGGUGCGCUGACACUAGCAAAACCCCUUGAUUUUGAGUUAUGCCGAAAGCAUGAGCUAACUGUUACUGCCACAGACGGAGGGUGGGUGUCCAGAACAGGUUACUGCAGCGUCACUGUUAAUGUCGUUGAUGUGAAUGAUAAUUCUCCCACAUUCAGCCCGGAAGACUACUUUCCUAAAGUAUUAGAAAAUGCCCCGAGUGGGACAACUGUUCUUCGUUUGAACGCCACUGAUGCUGAUUCUGGAGCCAAUGCUGUGAUUGCAUAUGCUAUUCAGUCCUCAGAUAGCGACCUCUUUGUCAUUGAUCCCAAUACAGGAACUAUCACCACCCAGGGUUUCUUAGAUUAUGAAACAAAGCAAAGUUACCAUUUAACAGUUAAAGCUUUUAAUGUUCCAGAUGAAGAGAGGUGCAGCUUUGCUAGCAUCAACAUCCAGUUAGAAGGGACAAAUGAGUAUGUGCCCCGUUUUGUGUCCAAGCUUUAUUAUUUUGAGGUUUCAGAGGCAGCCUCCAAAGGUACCGUUGUUGGUGAAGUCUUUGCAAGUGAUCGUGAUUUGGGGGCGGAUGGAGAAGUCCACUACCUGAUCUUUGGCAACAGCAGAAAGAAAGGCUUCCAGAUAGAAGAGAAAAGUGGCCAGCUCUAUGUGUCAGGACCUCUUGACAGAGAAAAAGAAGAGCGUAUCUCCUUGAAAGUUCUUGCCAAAAAUUUUGGAAGCAUUCGUGGUGCAGAUAUAGAUGAAGUAAUUGUUAAUAUCACGAUAUUGGAUGCCAAUGAUCCUCCUGUUUUUACUUUAGGAACCUAUAAUGUACAAAUCAGUGAAGGUGUUCCUCCAGGCACCCACGUCACAUUUGUGAGUGCCUUUGAUUCGGACUCUGUCCCUAGCUGGAGCAGGUUCUCCUAUUUCAUUGGGUCUGGCAAUGACAAUGAUGCCUUUUCCAUCAACCCACAGACGGGACAGGUAACUGUUACUGCAGAACUGGAUCGAGAAACUUUGCCUGUGUACAAUCUGUCUGUGCUAGCAAUUGAUUCAGGAACGCCAUCAGCUACAGGAAGUGCUUCUUUAUUGGUAACUUUAGAGGACAUCAAUGAUAAUGGCCCUACCUUGUCUACCAGCCAAGGAGAAGUCAUGGAAAAUAAUCGUGCAGGAACUCUCGUGAUGACCCUUCAAUCAUCAGAUGCUGAUCUCCCUCCAAAUCAGGGUCCCUUUACGUAUUAUUUGCUCAGCACUGGUCCUGCAACAAGCUACUUUAGCCUUAGCACUGCUGGUGUCCUGACGACAACAAGAGAGAUCGACAGGGAGCAAAUCAGUGAUUUCUACCUCUCGGUGAUUACAAGAGAUUCUGGUGUUCCUCAGAUGUCUUCCACAGGAACUGUGCAGAUAAAGGUCAUUGACCAAAAUGACAACCCCUCUCAGCCCAGAACAGUAGAAAUCUUUGUUCAUUACUAUGGCAACCUCUUCCCAGGUGGAAUUUUAGGCAACGUAAAACCCCAGGAUCCAGAUGUGUUAGACAGCUUCCAGUGCUCCCUUACGUCAGGAGUUACAACCCUGUUCAAUAUUCCCGGGGGCACUUGUGACCUGCACUCUCAGGCACGGUCCACGGAUGGAGCGUUUGACCUGGCYGUCCUCAGCAACGACGGCUUGCACGGUGCGGUCACCAGCAGCGUCCGGGUUUUCUUCGCAGGGUUCAGUAAUGCCACGAUUGACAACAGCAUCCUCCUCCGCCUCAGCGUCCACACCGUGCGCGACUUUCUGACCAACCACUAUCUUCACUUCCUGCGGAUCGCCAGCUCGCAGCUGACGGGGCUGGGGACUGCCGUGCAACUCUACGGCAUGUACGAGGAGAGCAACCAAACCUUCUUGAUGGCCGCUGUCAAGCGCAACGUCAACCAGUAUGUGAAUCCCAGCGGUGUGGCCACCUUCUUUGAGAGCAUCAAGGACAUGCUUUUCCGUCAGAGCGGGGUGCGGAUCGAGUCUGUGGAUCAUGACUCGUGCCUGCCAAACCCAUGUCAGAAUGGAGGGAGCUGUAUGAGAAGGCUUGCUGUGAGCUCAGCUCUGAAAAGCCAUGAGAGCAUCCCCGUCAUCAUYGUGGCCAACGAACCUCUCCAGUCGUUUGUGUGCAGGUGCAUGCCAGGCUACGAUGGGAAUCUGUGCGAGACCGACAUCGAUGAAUGYCUUCCCUCCCCGUGCCACAAUGAUGGGACCUGCCACAAUUUGGUGGGGGGCUUCUCCUGCAGUUGUCCGGAGGGCUUCACAGGCAUGGCCUGCGAGAGAGAUGUCAACGAGUGCCUUUCCAGCCCUUGCAAAAACGGUGCCGCCUGCCAGAACUUCCCAGGAAGCUUCAACUGUGUUUGUAAAACUGGAUAUACAGGGAAAACGUGCGACUCUGCUGUCAAUUACUGUGAGUGCAACCCCUGCUUCAAUGGUGGGUCCUGCCAAAGUGGGGUAGACGGCUACUACUGCCAUUGCCCCUUCGGUGUUUUUGGGAAUCACUGUGAGCUGAAUAGUUAUGGUUUUGAAGAGUUAUCCUAUAUGGAGUUUCCCAGUAUGGAUCCAAACAAUAAUUACAUCUACAUAAAAUUUGCCACUAUAAAAAGUAGUGCCUUACUCUUGUAUAACUAUGACAACCAGACUGGAGAGCGAGCCGAGUUUCUGGCCCUGGAAAUAACGGAAGGAAGGCUGAGAUUCUCCUACAACCUUGGCAGUGGCACGUACAAGCUCACCACAACCAAGAAGGUGUCUGAUGGACAGUUUCACACRGUGAUUGCCCGCAGGGCUGGAAUGGCUGCAUCACUGACAGUGGAUUCCUGCUCUGAGGAUCAGGAGCCAGGCUAUUGCACUGUUAGCAAUGUGGCUGUUUCUACUGACUGGACUCUUGAUGUACAGCCAAACCGAGUCACUGUCGGUGGCAUCAGAUCGCUAGAGCCAAUCCUUCACAGGAGAGGACAGGUGGAAAGCCAUGAUUUUGUGGGCUGUAUAAUGGAGUUUGCAGUCAACGGACGUCCCCUGGAGCCCAGCCAGGCUUUGGCAGCUCAAGGAAUCUUAGAUCAGUGCCCGAGAUUAGAAGGCGCUUGUACGACCAGCCCUUGCCAACACGGAGGUACCUGUGUUGAUCACUGGUCAUGGCAGCAGUGUCAUUGCAAAGAUGGACUGACAGGAAAGCACUGUGAAAAAUAUAUUACUGCUGACACCGCCUUAUCACUAGAAGGCAAGGGGCGACUUGACUACCACAUGAGCCCGAAUAAGAAGCGAGAGUACAUGAUGAGACAUGGUACUAGAGGUGCCAGCCUGGGAGACCUGAGCGUGGGCCRCUUGGAAGUGAAAUUCAGGACAAGAAGUGAGAAUGGGAUUUUAAUUCACGUCCAGGAAAGCAGCAACUUCACUACUGUGAAGAUAAAAGGUGGGAAAGUGCAUUACAUAUCUGAUGCUGGAAUUGCUGGGAAGGUGGAAAGGAACAUUCCUGAAGUCUACACGGCAGAUGGGCAGUGGCAUUCGGUGCUCCUCGAGAAGAACGGCUCCAGCACGCUUCUCUCUGUAGACAAGGCUCAUAGCCGGGACAUCCUCCACGUCACGCAAGACUUCGGUGGACUGAAUGUUCUUACAAUUUCUUUGGGAGGAAUCCCACCAAGCCAACCUUUCAAGAGCACAGUGGCAGGCUUUGAUGGCUGCAUUUCCUACGUCAAGUACGGCGGGGAGAGCCUGCCCUUCGGUGGCAAGCACAGCCUCGCGACCRUCUCCCGCACGGACCCCUCGGUGAAGCUGGGCUGCCGCGGCCCCGACGUUUGCGCCAGCGGGCCCUGCUGGGGCGGCCUCAUGUGCCUCAACCAGUGGUUCGCCUACAAGUGCGUGCCGCCGGGCGCCUGCGCCUCCAGCCCCUGCCGCAACGGGGGCAGCUGCGAGCCCGGCGCACACGCGGGCUUCACCUGCAGCUGCCCCGAGGCCUACACGGGGCGGACGUGCGAGCUGGUCGUGGCCUGCCUGGGCGUCUCCUGCGCCCCCGGCCACGUGUGCGGGGGGGGACUCGACGGCGGCCACGUGUGCCUGCCGUCCCCGCAGCCUGCCGAGCUGUCCCUGCCGCUCUGGGCCGUGCCGGCCAUCGUGGGCAGCUGCGCCACGGUCCUGGCGCUGCUCGUCCUCAGCCUGAUCCUCUGCAACCAGUGCAGAGGGAAGAAGGCGAAAGUGCCAAAAGAAGAGAAGAAAACGAAGGAGAAGAAGAAAAAAGGGAGCGAGAAYGUUGCAUUUGAUGACCCCGACAACAUCCCUCCCUAUGGCGAUGACAUGACRGUCAGGAAGCAGCCUGAAGGCAACCCAAAACCCGACAUAAUUGAGCGGGAAAACCCGUAUCUCAUCUAUGAUGAAACAGACAUCCCGCAUGCUCAAGAGACCAUCCCCAGUGCCCCGCUGGCUUCGCCGGAGCCCGAGAUUGAGCACUACGACAUUGACAACGCAAGCAGCAUCGCUCCUUCAGACGCCGACAUCAUCCAGCACUACAAGCAGUUCAGGAGCCACACGCCCAAGUUCUCCAUCCAGCGGCACAGCCCUCUGGGCUUCGCCCGGCAGUCCCCCAUGCCCUUGGGAGCCAGCAGCUUGACCUACCAGCCCUCCUACGGCCAGGGGCUAAGGACCACAUCGCUGAGCCACUCGGCGUGCCCUACUCCCAACCCGCUGUCUCGACACAGCCCCGCGCCCUUCUCCAAGUCGUCGACUUUCUACCGGCACAGCCCGGCGCGGGARCUGCACCUCGCCAUACGGGAGGGCAGCCCGCUGGAGGUGCACAACGACGUCUGCCAGCCGGGCAUUUUCAACUACGCCACUCGGCUGGGCAGGAGAAGCAAGAGCCCGCAGACCAUGGCGGCCCACGGCUCGCGGCCGGGCAGCCGCCUCAAGCAGCCCGUGGGGCAGCUGCCCCUGGAGAGCACGCCUCCCGUGGGGCUCUCCAUCGAGGAGGUGGAGAGACUCAACACGCCGCGCCCCAGGAACCCCAGCAUCUGCAGCGCCGACCACGGCCGCUCAUCCUCUGAGGAGGACUGCCGCCGGCCCCUCUCGAGAACGAGGAACCCGGCUGACGGCAUCCCCGCGCCGGAGUCGUCCUCUGACAGCGACUCCCACGAGUCCUUCACGUGCUCCGAGAUGGAGUACGACAGGGAUAAGCCCAUCGCGUACACCUCCCGCAUGCCCAAGCUGUCCCAGGUCAACGAGUCGGACGCGGACGACGAGGACAACUACGGUGGCAGGCUGAAGCCGCGGCGGUACCCUGGCCGCCGAGGGGAGGGCGGACCUGUGGGCGCGCAGGCGCCCGGCGCCACCGAGGCCGUGCUGCCCCCCAAGCUGGGGCAGCAAGCAGGAAGCUUCAACUGGGACAACCUGCUGAACUGGGGCCCCGGCUUUGGGCAUUACGUGGAUGUUUUCAAAGAUUUGGCAUCGCUUCCCGAAAAAACAGCAGCAGCAGCAGCAGCAAGUGAGGACAUCCAAGGUGGUACCGCCACCAAGCCUCCUUCCAAGGAGGGGGAAGCAGAGCAGUACGUGUAGGCUCUGCAUCCCUCUGUCAUCCCUUGCAGAACAGUGUUACACGCUUGCAACGGUCAGCAUUCGAACCCCAGGCCAGUCUGGUUGGAGGAGACUUUAAAAAUAAUAACCAUUAUGCUGCUGAAAUGGACUUUAAAACRUUUUUAAUUUAAUUACGCCUGGAUGAAUUUAUUUCUCCUGCAUGCAUUGUAUUUGGAAACAAGAUAUUCAGCAUGCAGCUUUUUAAAAGGGUUUCCUAUUUACCGUUGUUUGAUUUCUUUGGUUCUUAAAUUAAUAAUGCUUUGUUCAGAAAAUGAACUAAUUUUUUCUUAUUGUGAAGGAUGUGCAUAUUGUCUUCUGCUACUAACGUGUUUUUCAAUGUAAGAGUAUUGAGGGAUCUCAUUUUCCUUAAGUGCACAGAAGGAGGGUGGUGAAUGAAGGAAUUACAGUAGUAAAGCGUCUCAGAAAAUGUAGUUACCAUACCUUGCAGUUGCUCAUAUGCAAACUUUAAGGAAGAAAUCAGCUUGAGUAAUUGCUGGCAACAGUGCUGUAAGUCUUACUCCGUACCAGAGGUGCUAGAAGCAGCUCAAGCUGGUCAGCACUUUAGGAGUUUUUCUCUUUUCAACUUGUUUUCUUAGGGGUGGGAAGGGGAGGGCAUUGCGCCUUUUUUUUUGUGUGUGUUUUUGUGGUUUUUGUUCUUACUUUUGACAAAGUUGUGUGAGAGCUUCUGAAUCUCUGUGGGAUAUUUUGGGAUGCUUAACYCUGUCCGUCCCCCUGUCCCCACUGUCCCCAGUUGGACUGGCGUCCAUCAGCCCAGCUCAGCCUGGCUCACAGCAGUAGCACUGUCAGGGCAGGCUAGCAGAUAUAGCAGAUAUAAAAGCAGAUAUUGGCCUCCCUUGGCCUGCAGCCCUGGCUGUGCUGCCUGGGCAGCCCGUGUUUCAUUUCAUUUUCCUAUCCGUGCUACGGGAAGGUAGCAAUGACACUUACCUACCUCACAGGGGUGUUGUGAGGACUAAUUAGUUAASGCGCCUGAAGUGCUUAGACGUUAUGAAGCACUAUAAUAAGUAUUAUCGUAAAUAUUAUUAAAGCACUGCCUAGCCUUUGUGACCCUGGAGUGGCAUUUUCUGCAUUAUGCGAUUUUCUAUGAUGGAAAAUUUGAAAAAAAAAUAUUUAUUGUAUAGAAAAUUAACUGCACUCUAGCAUUUUGGAGCGGAUAUGAGGGAAAACUACUCGUAGACUCAUUAAUGUAGCUUAAUAUUUGUCCCAAAUUCCCUAAAGGAGUAGAUUAAGUAGAACUUCACAAAGUCCUUACAUCUUCAUGCAGACCUGGUGAACCUAUUGUACUGUAUAAAAAC